UGGCCCCUGCGAGCCGGGCGUGUGCGCAUGCUCGGCGCGCCGGGUCGGGCUCUGGGCUCGCGUCCCCGCCGCCUCCGCUCCAGUUCCCGGUGAGCCUCGGCGCGGUGGCGGUGUCCGUGUGUCAGCCCGGUGCAGGCGUGAGGCGGAGCCGGCCCAGCGCGAGGCAGCCCAGUGGGAGUGUGUGUGAGGCCCACAUUUCUCUACCUGGAUCGCACGCUCCCGGCGCGGCGAGAAGAGAGCUCACGGGAGUAGAAGUGGGAUACAAGGGCUUGAUUCUGGGUGAUGCAGUUUGGAACUUCCUGUGGCACUGCCUGUGUUUUCCAGAUUUGCUUUGAGGUCACAUUGCUAUGACAUAUGGAAUCACCUUUGAUAACCUCACCUGAGAAGGAAAGAGUUCUUUUUUAUUAAAAAAGCAUAAAGAAAGCAAAUGACCAGAGGAAUCACACCAGAUACCAAGUCUGCAUUUUUUUUUUAUAUCAUCCAUUUUUAAUAUUUAACUGGGCAAGACAAUUGACUUGUACAUAAAAGAAAAUUUGUUCAUCGAUACUACUUUUUUCAGUUUAAAACAGUUUUUUCAUCUUAAUUUGUGGAACUGUCCUGUGAUAAAAAGAGAAAAAUCUUUAAGGCCUUGUUUAAGCUCUGAAGCUUUCAAACCUUCAACAUUUAUUUAGCCCAUUUUUAUUUGUUGAAGUCUCAAAAAUUUAUAGUACUAAGAAAGAUAUGGACUUGGAAACUUACAUUCUUAUAACAGACUAUUGUGAAUUUAACUGGCAAAUUCAGGACAUUAUCUGUUUUGUCAUCAGAAAUAUAACAUAAAGGUGCAGUUUUAGCUUUAAUGCAAACGAAAUUGCUUGAACAUGGCCUGGGUGAAAUUCUUACGGAAACCUGGUGGCAAUCUGGGAAAAGCUUACCAACCUGGAAGUAUGCUGUCACUAGCCCCUACCAAAGGCUUGUUAAAUGAACCAGGACAAAACAGCUGCUUUCUUAAUAGUGCUGUACAGGUAUUAUGGCAAUUGGAUAUAUUCCGACGAAGCCUGAGGGUUCUGACUGGACAUGUUUGUCAGGGAGAAGCCUGCAUAUUUUGUGCAUUGAAGACGAUAUUUGCUCAGUUUCAGCACAGCCGGGAGAAGGCGCUUCCCUCGGACAACAUCCGGCACGCGCUCGCCGAGAGCUUCAAAGACGAGCAGCGGUUCCAGCUUGGCCUCAUGGAUGAUGCGGCGGAGUGCUUCGAAAACAUAUUGGAAAGGAUUCACUUUCACAUAGUGCCCAGCAGAGACGCCGACAUGUGCACCUCCAAGUCGUGCAUCACGCACCAGAAGUUCGCCAUGACGCUGUAUGAGCAGUGUAUGUGUCGUAGCUGUGGAGCAUCAUCAGAUCCACUACCUUUUACAGAAUUUGUGCGGUACAUUUCUACAACAGCCUUAUGCAGUGAAGUUGAGAGAACGAUUGAAAGGCAUGAACGCCUGAAGCCUGAAAUGUUUGCGGAAUUGCUCCAAGCAGCUAAUACGGUAGAUGAUUAUAGGAAGUGCCCCAGUAACUGUGGCCAAAAAAUAAAAAUUCGCCGUGUUUUAAUGAAUUGCCCGGAGAUUGUUACAAUUGGUUUAGUCUGGGAUUCUGAGCAUUCUGACUUAACCGAAGAUGUUAUUCGGAAUCUUGGGACAUACCUGUAUCUUCCUGGGCUUUUUUAUAGGGUUACCGAUGAAAAUGCCAGAAAUAGUGAACUCCACCUUGUUGGAAUGAUCUGCUACAGCAGUAGACAUUACUGUGCCUUUGCUUUUCACACCAAGAGUUCCAAGUGGGUAUUUUUUGAUGAUGCAAAUGUAAAAGAGGUUGGCACUCGAUGGAAAGAUGUGGUCUCCAAAUGCAUUCGCUGCCACUUCCAGCCGCUGCUUCUGUUCUAUGCAAACCCAGAAGGCAGAGCAGUGUCUACCGAGGACGCACUCAGGCAGGUUGUCAGCUGGUCACAUUACAAAUCUGUUGCAGAAAAUAUGGGAUGUGAAAAACCUGCAAUUUAUAGGUUGGAUAAUUCAAAAGAAAAUGGAUUCAGUGAUCAGGCAAAACAGAGAGAUAAUCAGAAGCUUCAAACCACGAACAUCUCAUCGUUCAGCCGGAACCACAUUCAGACAAGUGGUGGUAGAGGACCAGUUAAAUUAAGCCACAAUGAUCAAAGGGAAAAGAUAAAAGAAAUUUUCAGAGAAUGUGCUAUGAAAGCCAUCGAACAGAAAAACUUACUUUCUUCACCAAGAAGAGAUUUGGAAAAGGGACAAAGGAAAGAUGUUGGCCAACAUAAAGUUGAUGAGACCCUCCCACAUUUCAAGUCUGGAUCACCUCCUGCCCCAAAUGGCUUUCAACAGUACGAGAAUCCCCAUCUGUAUCACAGUCAAGGAAGAGGACCCUAUAAACACGACCGGAUUUCCCAUCAGAGUCGAGGUUCUGAACAAAUAACUUCAGGCAAAACUCAGAUUCUUGUACCUGGAGAGAAAAUAACAGGCAAAGUUAAGAGUGACAUUGGCACUGGGUAUGACACAGACAGCAGCCAAGAUUCGAGGGAUAAAGGAAGUAGCUGCAGCAGCAACAGUAAAAGCCGAAACCGAGGCUGGAAACCUAUGAGAGAAACAUUAAAUGUCGACAGUGUUUUUAGUGAAAGUGAAAAAAGGCAACAUAGCCCAAGACAUAAAUCAAAUGGCAGUCACAAACCUAAAGGUAGCAAAGAUCAGAAUUCUAAUAACUGCCCGAAGGAGAAUCCAAAGCAGAAAGGUUUAAUGACCAUAUAUGAAGAUGAAAUGAAACAGGAAGUAGGAAGCAGAACUUCCCUUGAAUCGAAUGGAAAAGGAGCAGAGAAGAAUAAAGUCAUUGUGGAGAGUAAAGUUCACGGUGAAAACUGGCAGGUGCAAAGGACCGAGUCUGGCUACGAGAGCAGUGACCACGUCAGUAAUGGGUCUGCUAGCUUGGACUCACCCAUUACCGAUGGAGGUGGGACAGUCACGGAUGUCAGCGGUGCUAGCGAACUGCUGUCUCUCAGUGACCAAAUUAAGGCAGGCAGCAUACAGGUAGGACAUGGGGACUGUACCUGCCCGCAGAGCGAAGCCCCCUUGGAAGGCUUUGGGAAAGAAUUUCAGGACUUGGAAGCAGGCUGUAAAUCUCACGAGCUCCACCCAGAGUCACAUCUACAUAAGAAACACCCUGUGAUAAAAAGGCCCGAUAUCCAUGAAAUCAGUGGAAAGCCAUUUCCUUUUUCCAGCCUACAGAAAGGCAAGGACCACACAACAGAAGACCAUAUCCACCAAUCAGAUAGACAGAAAUUUGAAAAUCCAAACGGAUGCAGAUUUUCUGAAUGGCUUAAUAAGGAAAAUUCUGAGAGACCAAGUUUGCCUUUUUGUGCUGAUGACAGCUCUGUACCUGCAAAGAGAGUGGACAGAAAUGAAAUAAUCUCAUUAUCUUCAUUGUGUUCUUCACAUCUGAGAACUGUUGGGUUAAAGCCAGAAUCUGCUCCCCUCGCCCAACAGCAAAAUAUGAUGGAACAGUGUUACUCUGUGAAUGUUCCAUCCAGGGAACAUGCAACUCACUCAGCCUGCAGAUCUGACGGUUGUCAAAUGCCAAAUUUUAUUUGCCAGAAUCUUCCACCCCCCUUGCCACCAAAGAAAUAUGCUACAACCAGUGUGCCACAGCCAGAGCAGCUUGAUUCUCUAUCUGAGGUCAAACUUCCAGAAGUGUUUAUGAAAACAACUUCUUCUGGUCUUCCAAAGCACAGCUUAAGGACAACUUCAGAACCAAGUUUAGAAGCUUGUACUCAUGUGAGUGAUGAGAGAUUUAAGGAAACAACUCAAGUUAAACAGCCUGUUGGUUUCUCACAGAACUACCCUGCCAACUCUUCAAUUUCAACUAAGAUGUUUCCAGCAAACUCAGGUGCAGCUGUUGAUGCACUUUGCCAACCAGAACGAGGCUCCAGUUUUAGAAGCCUAGAUGAACCAGUUUCACUAACUACCUAUUUUUCAGUUGAUAACUGUAUGACUGAUACAUACAGAUUGAAAUACCAUCAGAGGCCCAAGCUCUAUUUUCCAGAGAGCAGUGAUUUUUGUAGUGAUAAUUCACUAUCUCAGAGUGAAAGGCAGGUUGGACCUGUGUUACAUAGCAGUCUUGGUUCAAGCUGCCCACCUGAAUAAGGAUAUAAACCUAGCGAACAUUGUAAUAGAUAGAUGAUGCAGUGGGCAAGCUUAGCCUCCGGGCUGUGAGAGCAUAGUGUAUCUAUUGAUCAAAUCACGUGAUGCAAAAAAUUAAAAGCCAUGACUUUUUAAAAAUCAUUAAAUACUUUAAUUUUGUGUUUGGGUGUGCGUGUGCACGCAUGCAUAUGUGUCUAUAUACAUGUUAUUUUUUGAUGAUCAGUUUAGUGGAUGGUUUAGAAAUUCCCUUUGACUAGUUUUGUAUGCCUGGAAAAAUGGAAAAUCUGAGUAUAUAAUUCAUUUGCCAUGUGUAACAGUUCAAUAAGAACCAUUCCAUUAAGUGGCUAGUAGACCCAUAAGUAUUAAGCCAGCCAGAACUUGGGUAUGUAGAUUGUUAAACUGUUUGAAAAAUGCCAGGUGAUAACAUAGUUUGUCUAGUUAAAGCAGUAUUUGCUUUUUGAAGAGCACUUUCUAAUGGGUGACCAAAAGAGGAAUUCACCCUUUUGUUUCUGACUUCCAUGAUAGUCUACCACAUAUGAUCCCUUCAAGUGUCUUAAAAACUGUUGACCCAUGAGUUUAAUAGCAUUUAGGGAAAAAUGCCUUAAUAACCAUGUUUCAAUUAAAACGUCAGGGUCAGGUAGAACUUGGCUCUUAGAACUUUUUUCUCCAGAAUACCUAAUUAACAUAAAUUAGGCCUUUGACUAUUUUAUGUGUCCAUAAGUACUAUUUCAGCCAUGUAAGCUUAACUUUAGUAUAUUUAUUUAUCUUGUUACAUUUUUUUCUAAUUUUAUAUGAAAUGUGAAAGGUUUUUAUUUUGGUUGACUUUGGGCUGCUAAUAACCAGUGUUAGGAAUUCACCUUGGGUCCUCUUCUUGAGGCUGUCACUGUUAACUGCCUAGAUUUCUUCUGACUCUGCUUGCUGAUUAGGUUGUCAGGUUGGUUUAUCUUCUGGGUUUCCAGGAUAAAUUUCUACCUUCAGAUAGAGGUUUGAAUUUUCAUGACAUGUUUAAUAUGGGCAUCUUCCUGUUUUUUCAAAUAGUAAUUUUACCCCAACUACCUUCAUGGAGUUUAUAUUUAAAAACUAAAGGAAUUUUCAUUAUUAUGGUGAACUUAUAAGUGAAAAUAAGUUACUUUAAUGCCUUAUUAGUUGUCAUUUUAUUUUGUACUAAGCUCAUAAACUAAUUGUAAUGUAGAAGUUUUAUAAUGCCUACUCCAGAGAAUUGAGAAUUUUAGAAUUAAAGUUUUCUUUACAUUCCUUUAUAGACUUCAUAAAUAUAACUCCAUGAAUCAUUAAUCUAGUAGAUUUAGUAUUUCAACCAGUUCUAUAAAUUGCAUUAAAUAUGCUAAAAUGUUAAAUAAUUAAAAAUGAACUCUUCUUAGUAAAUGGAAAAUAAGUUGUCAUAAAAGUUUAACCUUACCUAUUUAUCAAAUCUUGGUCAAAUUUUAUCCUCCUAUAAAAAGCUCUCUGCUGGCCUUCUCCAUGAGUUGGUGACUAUCACUGUUCUCUUAAGUUAGAAAUACUUGAAUAUCAAAGUAAAUUUUAUCUUUUAAGAAAGUUUAUUUUUUAACAGGUUUUGGAGUAGAGGCCUUGUAAAUAAUGUAGUUUGCAAAGCUGUAUUUGAAAUAUCAAUGUUUUUAAUUACUGCUUUUUAAAUGUUGUAAAGUACUAGAAAAAAACUGGCUUCUAGUAUUUUUAAUAGUUUCCCAAAACCUCUAUUUUGUCAGUGUUCAGUUGGAACUACAUAAUUUGAAACUAUAAUUUCUGUACUUACACAGGUGUGUCAUUAUCUUCUCGAAUUUCUUAAUGUAUUGCUAGUUAAAGCCUUCUGAAUCAUGUACUUUAGAACCAGAGUUGACUCUUUUUCUGUUGACUCAGCACUCCUACUUCAGAUUCAGUAUGUUUACUAAUCAUUCACAUGUAAAAUUUGUGCUUCUAGGGUGCCGAUUUUUAUAGAUGUUUUCAUCUGUUAUGAGCUUCUUGAAACUUUUUAAAUAAUGUAACCAACAAUUGUUAUGUUUAAAAUACUUAAUUAUAUUUUCAUGUGAAAUGUUUCUUUUGGUUCUGAAUUUUAAUAUUGUUGGAUGUUUCUUUACAUUCAUGAACUGUAUUUCCCUCUCCCAUAUGGAUAUUUUUACCAGAAAUGUGAGUCAAUUUAAAGUUCAAGGGUAUUUAGAAUUUUACAGGGUAUUUCUAAGUUAAAAAUACUGUAAUGUCUAAAGCCCAGCUCCUACAAAAAUUGGCGAACUUUAUAUAGAAAAUGAGAUAGUAAUGAUUUAGGCUUUGUGGACCAUGUCUUUGUGACACAAGCUCUGCCCUUGUAUUUGAAAGCAGCUACCAACAGUAGGUAAGCAAAUAAGCAUGACUAAUUUCCAGUAAAACUUUAUGGCCAUUGGAAUCGGAAUGGCAUAUGGUUUCCAUGUGUCAUGCAAGUCUUUUGGUAUUUUCUAGGCCUUUUAUAAUGUGAAACCUCCUCUUGGGUCAAAGGCCUUCCCACUCAAAACAGGUAGCGAGUCAAAUUGGCCCAGUGGGCCUGGUUUGACCUUAUCCUAGGUCAUCUAUAUGAAAUACACUCAUCCACUGUAAAUAUUAUGGCGGUUUCUCUCCAAUUGUAUUCCUGUGCUGUUUAGAGACUGUGUAUUAGUUCUUUACAUCUUAAAGCUUUCAAAUUGAAGACCCUCUCAAAGCUGUUCUGUUAAUCAGUCAGUUCAUUUCAAAUGGAACUACUGAAGUUAUUUUACUUAAAUCAAAUAUAUGGAAUUGAUAAAAUAUUUUAUCAGAUUAAAAUUAUACUGGUUACUCUUGAU